UGCGCUCCAAAUAUUUGUAGGCACCACCGAUGCUUAUCGGCCCCAAAAAGCAUCCGAAGAGAUUACGGAUUGUUUCAAAUUUUGAUCGUUGAAAACUCGUCAACCUCUUCGUUGAUCCAGAGGUCUUUUUCAUUCAGAACAUCUUGGUUGUUUGUUGGGCUUUCUUUUCUUGAUGGCGGCUUUGAAGGAGCUUUUGCCACCUGCUAAAUCAUCUACUUCCACCUUCUAUGAUCAUUCAAGCGAUCCAUGGUUUAAGCAACGAUACAGCGCCCCCACGGAGGAUGAUCUUACUGAAAUCAUAAAAACUAAUUUGAUCCCAUUAUACAAUACACCAGAACGGUUGAAGUAUCGACCAUCAAAACCACAAGACUUUGGUGAUGGUGGAGCAUUCCCUGAGAUUCAUUAUGGGCAGUAUCCUCUUGAAAUGGGUAGGAAGAAGGAUGCAGCUUCUGGCCCCAAGACCUUACCUGUAACAGUUGAUGACCAUGGUAAUUUGACAUUUGAUGCGAUUGUGAAGCAGAACGAAAAUGCUUCAAAGAUUGUGCAUUCACAGCACAGAGAUCUUGUUCCAAAGAUUUUGAAAAAUGAAGACGAUGAAGAAGAAGAGGAGGAUAUUGAGAAGCAGAAAGAGAUUGAGAAAACCACAUUGCAGACAAAAGCUGCUCUCGAGAAGAUCGUGAAUGUGCGAUUAAGUGCAGCACAGCCCAAAAACGUUCAAACGCAAUCUCAAGAUUCGAAGUUCAUCAAAUACAAGCCCUCACAGCAGUCGGCUGCUUUCAAUUCAGGGGCAAAAGAGAGAAUUAUUAGAAUGGUGGAGAUGCCCGUUGAUCCAUUAGACCCACCAAAGUUUAAACACAAGAGGGUUCCAAAGGCUAAUGGCUCCCCACCCGUCCCAGUUAUGCACUCCCCUCCCCGACCUGUGACUGUUAAAGACCAGCAAGAUUGGAAAAUCCCACCAUGCAUUUCAAACUGGAAGAAUCCAAAAGGUUACACCAUUCCACUCGAUAAACGUUUGGCAGCUGAUGGCAGAGGACUUCAGGAGGUUCAAAUCAAUGAUAACUUUGCUAAACUUUCCGAGGCCUUAUAUGUGGCAGAACAGAAAGCUAGAGAAGCUGUUGCCAUGAGAUCAAAGGUUCAGAAAGAGAUGAUGAUGAAAGAUAAGGAACGUAAAGAGCAAGAAUUGCGCGCUUUAGCUCAGAAGGCAAGAUCCGAGAGAACUGGCGCUGUAGCUCCAGCAGCUCCCCUAUCCUCCAACCACAUCAUGAUGGACAUGGAUGGGCCCAUGAGAAAUGAACACGAACAUGAACGCGUGAAGGAGAGAGAGACAAGGGAGGAGAGAGAAGAGCGGUUGCAGAGAGAGAAGAUUCGCGAGGAGAGACGUAGAGAGAGGGAGAGGGAAAGAAGAUUAGAAGCCAAAGAUGCAGCCAUGGGGAAAAAGAGCAAGAUCACCAGAGACCGAGAUCGUGACAUCAGCGAGAAGGUGGCUCUCGGUAUGGCAUCUGCUGGCGGAUCUCGUGGCGGAGAAGUGAUGUACGACCAGCGGCUGUUUAAUCAAGAAAAGGGAAUGGACUCUGGUUUCGCAACUGACGACCAAUACAACGUCUACGACAAAGGUUUGUUUACCACUCAACCGACCCUUUCGACCUUGUACAGGCCGAAGAAGGAUGCUGAUGACGAGAUGUAUGGUGGGGCCGAUGAGCAGAUGGAGAAGAUUAGGAAGACGGAUCGGUUUAAACCCGAUAAAGGGUUUAGUGGUGCUGGUGAAAAGAGCGGUCCAAGAGAUCGACCGGUUGAGUUCGAGAAGGAGGUUGCGGAAGAGGCAGAUCCAUUUGGUUUGGACCAGUUUUUGACCGAGGUUAAGGGAGGGAAGAAGGCGUUGGAUAAAGUCGGAAGCGGAGGGACGAUGAAAGCAAGCGGCGGGUCGUCGAUGAGAGAAGGGUACGAAGGGGGGUCUGGUAGAAGUCGGAUUGGGUUUGAAAGGGGACGAUAACAAACUUACUGAUGUGCUUAAUAUCAUCAUGGUUGUGUUGUUAGUGUGUUUGAAUGAGUGAGUGUACCAAUGUGUUGGACUUGUUACUUGGAAUGGAACUAUGUGUCUUAACGUGAGUUUAUUCGUUCAGCUAUAUAUUA